AUGUUCAAACAAUUUUUUGAUACAUCAUUUACUGACUAUCGACAAGUUCGAAUUGUUGUACAAGAAUUACCUAAUAAUCCAUUAAAAGAACCAUCAUCGGAUUUUCAAAAAUUUUCCACAAGUCUUUAUCGUCAUAAAGAAUUUACAUUUGAAAAUUUUAAAAUUGAAUAUUGUUUUGUAAGACAAAGUUUAACUAUUGCUGAAGCAUCAUUAAAUGAAAUCCAAUUAUAUCGUCGACCAUUUGGUUUGAUAUUUUUUACUGUUUGUCAUACAAGUGAAGAAUUACGAACUGUACUUGAUGAAUUUUCUAAAAUUAAACAACGAGAAAAAGAUGCUUACAAACAUUUAUUUAUUCGUUAUAGAACUACAGAGUGUAAGGAUGAUAAUGAUGAAAUGUCAACUGAUGAUAAACUUCAUAAUGAACCUAUUGAUGAAUCUUUUAGUGAUUAUGCAGAUUCAUCUCGUCCAUCAUUUUCAAGCUUGGCAGGUACUGAGUCUUAUCAUUCAUUACCUCAAUCAUUGACAUCAAUGAAAUUAGGACGCUCAAUAUCAAAUGAUGAUAUUGUAAGUAUAGCAUCUGACUCAAUAUUGCUUACAAAUAGUUUAAAUGGUAUACCAACGUUUCAUGCAAGUGGAACUGAUACUCCUCCAGAUGAUGACGAUGAUGCAAUUGCAUCAAUUUCAAUAAAUACCAUAACAUCAAAUGAUCAAUCAAUAAAAAAAUCAAAACCAUCAUUAUUUAAAACUAAAACAUUAUCAACAACAAAUAUGUUCGAUUCAUUUGAUAGUGAUUUAACACGUGCAUUAUAUCGUUUAGAAAAUAAUCUAUCAAAAAUUACACUAGAAUCUACAAGAUUUGAUACAAUUACAUCAUCAAUUGAUUCACAAAUAGGUGAUAUUCGUUUAAUGAUAAAUGAUGAAAAAGAUUGUACUUUACUUGAUAAUCAAAGUAAAUAUCGUAAUGGAUUUAUUAAUGAUCGUAUAUUUACAUCUGUAUUAAAUGAAUUUGAUAUGCGUAUGAUGCAAAUAUUAUUUAAUCAAUAUUUAAAAUCAAGUACUAUUCUUGGUAUUGAAGCAGCAAAAAAUAAAUCAUCAAAAAAAUUAAUUGAUACACGAACAAUUAAACGUAAAGGUGAUUGUUGUUUACUAUUAGGUGCAAUUGAUAAAGGUUAUCAAGAUUAUCAUCGUGCUGGAGAUGCACUUAAAACUCAAAAUGAUUCUAUGUGGUUUGCAGCUGCAUUAGAAGGUCGUGUAGCAGCAAGUUAUUUAUCAACACAUAAACCAAAACGUCAAAUGGAAAAAACAUUAACAUUUUUAAAACAAAUUUCAUUGACUAAAAAAUUACCAGUAGAUAAAUAUUUAAAUCGAUCAAAUACACCAUUAAAUUUACAACCUAGAAUGGAAAUGGCUAUACAAAUUUAUCGAACAGCUAAUCGUUCGUUAUUUAAUAAAGCAGAAUUUCGACUUGAACUUGAUGCUUGUCUACGUUGGUGUAGUUUAUUACAAGAACAAACUGAUCUUAAAAAAUAUCGAGAUGAUAUUAAUCAAUAUAUUAAUCAAAUAAAUAUAUUAGGUUCAUAUUUAGAAGAACAUAUUGAUAGUAUAUAUCUAAAUGCUUAUCUUGCGGAAAUAUAUGCUUUUGUUGGUUGGAAACGAAAAAGUGCAUUAUAUUAUCGAUCAGCAGCUUUUUCGGGUUUAACAUUAUUAAGUGAACAACAAGGUUAUCAUGAUGAGAUCGAUUUUUUUGAUGAAUUAAUUAGAAAAGCUCGUAAAGGUUAUGGAAUUGAUGAUAAUCAAUUGAUUUUUCCAUUGAUACAAAAAACAAUUAUUAAUGAAUCAAUUCAAAUUAGUCUUAAAAAAAAUGAUUUUACUACUAUUAUCGAGAAUGUUCAUUUUGCAAUUGAAUCAUUAAUUGAAUAUAUGACUGAUGCUGAAUUAGAAGCACUUUUGACAUUUUUAAAUGCUAGUGAUCAAUCUAUCAGUUGUUCAUAUUGUAGUAUUCCUCGAUUGAAAUCUCUUGAUAUUAUGCCUUUAUCCAAUCGAUUAAAAGCAUGGAAAGCUGAACCAAAAAAUAAUAUAUUUAUUUAUCAUGCAAAACGUUCUUUACCUAGUCAACAACAAUCUCUUCAUCGGAAAGUAGAUUUUCUUUGGGUAAAAAAUGAACAAGCACAAAUAAGACUUGUAGUAGAGAAUUAUUUACCAGAAACAAUGUUUAUUGAUCAAUUAGAAUUUAUAACUGAAAUUGAAUUAUUUACAAAACUUGAUAGAAAAUAUCGUAUACCAUCACGAACAACAAAAUGUUUAUUAAUUGAUUGUAUACCAAAAGAAACUGGUCAACUUCGGAUACAAGGUCUUCGUUAUCAUAUUUGGUCAACAAAUCAAGAAUUUCGUUUUGGAGAUUUUCCAAUAAUUCGGCAAUGUUUAUGUUCCGUUGAUGUAGUUGAUGAAUUACCUAUACUUGAUGUUGAAUAUCUUUUAGUUAAUGAUACUAAAAUAGAUCUUAUAGAUAAUUCAACAACAUAUAAUGCUCAAGUUCAUCGAGGUGAAGAAUUAUUUGUAACACUUGGAUUAAUUAAUUCAUCAUCAGAAUGUGAUAUUGAUACAUUGGAAAUUCAAGUUUUUGCAUUUGGUUCCAAUAUGACUGAAUCUGUCAAAAUUACAGAAUUUGAUUUACCGAUAUUGAUUAAAAAAAGUACAAAACCAAAAAUAGAUCUUACACAAAUUUAUAAUCGUUGUCUUUCUCGACAAGAUCGAUCAACAUCAAAUAUUGAGUGUUUAACUAUUGAAUUUCGUAUAAAUUAUUCAAAUGAAUCAUCAAAUACAAAUGGUUAUUGUCGACAAAAUAUAACUGAACUUCGUCUUAAUUAUCUUUCAUCAGUAACAUCUGAAAUUAAUGAUAUACAAAAUGAUGAAGAUGAUUUAUCAUAUCUCAUAUGUUGUACAAUUGAUAAUCAGUUAUCAGAAGGUAUUGUGUUUCAAAAUAAUACAAUAAAACCAUCAGAGUCUUCAGUAUUAUUAUUAAAACAAGAUAAAAUUAAAUUAAAUACAUUUUCAUCUGAUUUAAAUCAAUUAAUUACUGAUAUUCGAACACAAUUACCUACACAUAUUCAUUAUAAAACAACCAAUUCGAACAAACAACUUUAUUUACCAAUUGAUUGGCAAUAUUUUUCAAAUGAUAAAAUUCAAAAUCAUAUGAGUGACCUUAUUCAAUCACCUUAUACAUGUUAUUGGCAUUUUGAAAGAAUUGUUAAUACUUUACGUAUACAUUUAUGUGUAAUAUCAAAAUACUAUAAACUUUUUAAAUUAGAAUUUUUAUUUCCAUCAUCAAAUGGUAUUCGAUUUUUAAAUUCAAAUAAAAUUACAUUUAAUAAUAUCGAACCAGGAAAAUAUUUAAUAGCUGAACGGAUCCUAAUAUUUUCACAAGAAAAUAAUUCUGAUGUAAUUGUUGUUGAUGUUAAUGUUAAUAAUAUAACAUGGAAAAGACUUACUUUAACAUUUUAA